AUGUCCGAAGAAAUCUCAGUCGGCCGAAUCUCCAAGGAUUUGGAUAAGGCGCGUAUUCUCAUGGCCUUCUUUGGAUCCGAAGAUCAACCCUGCCGUCAUUUGAAGCUUGCAAGGUAUUGUAGCGCACGAAUUGAAUGGACAAGCGACAAGGUCCUGAUGGAUGCAAUCAGAGAUACAAAGAGUGUCGAGAUGAGCGCUCAACUUGUCAAACAGUGUCAAGUCAGGGGCAGGAGAGAGCAUACUGGUCACAGGGAUGAUCGCAGAUGCGUCGAUGAUCAGGACCUGCUUGGCUCUGCAUCGAAAUCAUCAGGCUGUUUCCGGGCGCCUCUAUAUUUGAAGCGCUGCGGUCGAUGCUUGAUCAAAUGCUCAUACACUUCUUCACAACUUGGCCGAGACCAUUUGUUGAUACUCGAGCUGGUAAAUGCCAUUCAGCAGAAUGAUGUGCGAGUGUUUGCCGCUUCAGGAGAGUCGGAUGUUCCGACGAGAGUGUAG